AUGGUCCAAAGUUCCGAAUCCCAAGCUCACCCCGGGGGCGGGGGUCGCCUGUUAAACACCUUUCUGAAUCGUCCCGUGGAAGACCACAGCUCAGCAUGGUCGGAUCUCUGGGACGCCGGCGAAAGUAACCUCUGGGAUCGAGGGAAACCUUCGCCGGCCCUGAUCGACUUGGUUGAACAGCAAACGCCCCUUUUGAGCCCUCUCACUCCGACGGGGAGGCGUAAAAGGGCUCUUGUUCCGGGGUGUGGUCGGGGGUAUGACGUGGUGAUGCUUGCGCUGCAUGGCUUUGAUGCCUGUGGACUGGAGAUCUCCGAGACGGCGGUUCAAGAGGCUAGGAGAUACGCGGCGGAUGUAAUGGCUCGUCCGCCUGCGGACUAUUUUGGACCUCAGUAUCGUCCGCCUUCAAGUCCUGGCUCGGUGACGUUUGUGAAAGGCGACUUUUUGAAUCCUGCGUGGAGUGUUGAGGAAGGAGCUGAUGGGUCGAACGCGUUUGAUCUGGUCUAUGACUAUACUUUUCUGUGUGCGCUUCACCCUCGAAAAAGACCAGACUGGGCAGCAGGCAUGUCUCGAGUGAUCAAAUCUCAGGGUCUCCUGAUCUGCUUGGAAUUUCCGAUGUACAAAGACCCAAGACUUGCAGGUCCCCCAUGGGGAUUGAAAGGCGUUCACUGGAACCUACUUGUGAAGGGAGGUAACGGUGAGAUUACUGGAGAGGUGGCGGAUGACGGGAAAGAGAAAAAUGAUUGUGAUUCAGAAACUGGAAACUUUCAGAGACUUCUGUAUAUCAAGCCACCGCGUUCUUACGAAGUGGCCAGGGGGACGGACAUGAUCAGCGUGUACAUUCGAAAAUAA